AUGAAUGAAUCCAGCUGUGGAAUGUUUAGAUUUUUAAGGCUUGUAAAUGCAUCAGUGGAUUUGCAAAAGAGUAUUAACUCAUCCAACGCCUCACUUUACUUAACUGACUCAGAUAAAGUCAUACUGCGCGAAUGGGUCAUCUACCCACCAUACUGGCCAAUGAAGAUACUUCUAAUUGCCCCUGUCCUCUGUACUUGUGCAGCAUCAAUAGCCAUUCCCUUGAUUCUGGUAGCCAUUUUUUCAAAUCAUAGUUUACGGCAAGAAACAAGGUUUCUUCUUCUGGGAAAUGCUUUGCUUUGUGAUCUAAUGUAUUUGGUGUUAUACACCCUUUCUGCAAUCUUUAAUGCAGCUCACUUGGUUUUUAAUAAUGUUGGCUGCAUCAUUCAUCUAUAUUUGUUGGCUGCAAUGUACUCUGGUGGAAUUAUUACUGCUGUAUUAAUGGUAAUUAAUACUUACCUGGCAGUACUUUGGCCAUUGCACUAUUUUACUUUCUUGACCUUCUCAAGAACAAAAAAACUAAUAACAUUAAUAUGGGUCACUGCACUUGUGAUCCCUACCGGACUCUUUGUAGUGAUGGAGUUAACCAGCCAUCAGCUUCCAUGCCCUAUUAAUACCUGCUCUCUGCCAAUAAUCAUGGUGCUGACACUUAAUGGAAACGAUGCAGUGAAGUUCACUUAUUUGCUUUCUCUAGCUGGUGUGUUGAUAUGUUUAUCUUUGAUCUUCUGCUGCUAUACCAUGCUGUAUUUCAAAACCAAGGAAUCAGGAAUAUGUAAAGGCUUUAUGUCCCGAGCAAGUGUGACCUUCCUGAUGCACUAUGCCUUGUUAUUCUUCUACUUUUGUCCUCUUCUGGUCUUGGUCAUGGAAACCCUCCUUUAUGUUAACAAUGUGAUUGGGCUGAAGACUGGACUUUGGGUGACUUUGGCAGUUUGCAAUAUUUUAAUGGUAAUCCCCAAAGUUCUGACACCUUAUAUGUAUGGCAUGAGAUACAGAGAAUUGUCAAACUCAGUCAAGCUACUUUUCAAAACUAAAUGUGUGCAUACAGAUUCUCCUGUCAGUUAA